GCGGAAACGGCGCCAGACGCCUGCGGAGGACUCGCAACUGCCGCCGUGAUGCCGAAGGGUCCCAAGCAGCAGCCGCCCGAGCCCGAAUGGAUCGGGGACGGCGAAGGCACGAGCCCCGCGGACAAAGUGGUGAAAAAAGGCAAAAAGGACAAGAAGACCAAAAAGACGUUCUUUGAGGAACUGGCAGUAGAAGAUAAACAAGCUGGGGAAGAAGAGAAAGUCCAGAAGGAGAAGGAGCAGCAGCAGCAGCAGCAGCAGCAGAAGAAAAAGCGAGACACCCGAAAAGGCCGACGGAAGAAGGAUGCGGACGACGAUGGUGAAGAGAAAGAGCUCAUGGAGCGUCUUAAGCAGCUCUCUGUGCCAGCCAGUGAUGAGGAGGACGAGGUGCCUGCGCCAGUUCCCCGAGGAGGGAAGAAGGCCAAGGGUGGGAAUGUUUUUGAAGCCCUGAUUCAGGAUGACAGUGAUGACGAGGAGGAGGAAGAAAAGCAUGCUCCCAAGCCUGCCAAGCCAGAGAAGAAUCGCAUCAACAAGGCUGUGUCUGAGGAGCAGCAGCCUGGGCUCAAGAACAGACGGGGAGGAAAGGAGGAAAAGUCCAAAGGGAAGGCCAAGCCUCAGAAUAAAUGUGCUGCUCCAGACAGUGAAGGAGAAGAUGAUGAAGAACUAACUAAAGAGAAGGAGCCUCCCAAGCAAGGGAAGGAUAGAGAAAAAGCCAAGAAGGCAGAGCAGGGCGGAGAGGAAGAGAGAGAAGAGGAGGAGGGGGAGUCGAAGGCAAAUGACCCCUAUGCCCACCUUAGCAAAAAGGAAAAGAAAAAGCUUAAGAAACAGAUGGAUUAUGAACGCCAGGUGGAGUCUUUAAAAGCAGCUAAUGCUGCAGAAAAUGACUUCUCAGUGUCCCAGGCAGAGGUGUCCUCUCGCCAGGCAAUGCUAGAAAAUGCAUCUGACAUCAAGUUGGAAAAGUUCAGCAUCUCGGCCCAUGGCAAGGAGCUGUUUGUCAACGCUGACCUGUACAUCGUCGCCGGCCGCCGCUACGGGCUGGUGGGGCCCAAUGGCAAAGGCAAGACCACACUCCUGAAGCACAUUGCCAACCGUGCCCUGAGCAUCCCCCCUAACAUUGAUGUGCUGCUGUGCGAGCAGGAGGUGGUGGCUGAUGAAACGCCAGCAGUACAGGCUGUGCUUCGUGCAGACACCAAGCGACUCAAGUUGCUGGAGGAAGAGCGGCAGCUUCAGGGGCAGCUGGAGCAGGGGGAUGACACGGCCGCUGAGAGGCUGGAAAAGGUCUAUGAGGAAUUGAGGGCUACUGGGGCAGCGGCUGCAGAGGCCAAGGCAAGGCGGAUCCUGGCUGGUUUGGGCUUUGACCCUGAGAUGCAGAAUCGUCCCACACAGAAGUUCUCUGGGGGUUGGCGCAUGCGCGUCUCCCUGGCCAGGGCACUGUUCAUGGAACCCACACUGCUGAUGCUGGAUGAGCCCACCAACCACCUGGACCUCAACGCUGUCAUCUGGCUCAAUAACUACCUUCAGGGCUGGAGGAAGACGUUGCUGAUUGUCUCGCACGACCAGGGCUUUCUGGACGACGUCUGCACUGAUAUCAUCCACCUCGAUGCCCAGAGGCUCCAUUACUACAGGGGCAAUUACAUGACCUUCAAGAAGAUGUACCAGCAGAAGCAGAAAGAACUGUUAAAGCAAUAUGAGAAACAGGAGAAGAAGCUGAAGGAGCUGAAGGCUGGGGGCAAGUCUACCAAGCAGGCAGAAAAGCAAACAAAGGAAGUCCUGACUCGAAAACAGCAGAAAUGCCGUCGGAAAAACCAGGAUGAGGAGUCUCAGGAGCCCCCUGAGCUCCUGAAGCGCCCCAAGGAAUACACCGUGCGCUUCACCUUCCCAGACCCUCCACCUCUCAGCCCACCUGUGCUCGGCCUGCACGGUGUGACAUUUGGCUAUGAGGGGCAGAAGCCCCUCUUUAAGAACCUGGAUUUUGGCAUCGACAUGGACUCGCGGAUUUGUAUCGUGGGCCCCAACGGUGUGGGGAAGAGCACACUGCUGCUGCUGCUGACUGGCAAGCUGACACCAACCAACGGGGAAAUGAGAAAGAACCAUCGCCUGAAAAUUGGCUUCUUUAACCAGCAGUAUGCCGAGCAGUUGCACAUGGAGGAGACGCCCACUGAGUACCUGCAGAGGAGCUUCAACCUGCCCUACCAGGAUGCCCGGAAGUGCUUGGGCCGCUUUGGCCUGGAGAGCCACGCCCACACCAUCCAGAUCUGCAAACUCUCUGGUGGGCAGAAAGCUCGAGUUGUGUUUGCAGAGCUGGCCUGUCGGGAGCCUGAUGUUCUUAUCCUGGAUGAGCCAACCAACAACUUGGACAUAGAGUCUAUCGACGCCCUGGGGGAGGCCAUCAAUGAGUACAAAGGAGCUGUGAUUGUUGUUAGCCACGAUGCCCGACUCAUCACAGAAACCAACUGCCAAUUGUGGGUGGUGGAGGAGCAGAGUGUCAGUCAAAUCGAUGGCGACUUUGAUGACUACAAGCGAGAGGUGUUGGAGGCCCUGGGUGAAGUCAUGAUCAAUCGACCACGGGAUUGAUCUCCCCUCCUGGAAGCCUGCUGAGACAAGCUCCUGUGGCCAGAAUCUCUGCCCACCUCCUUUCUCUCCACCUAGAAGCCUGCUGUGUCUGCUGCAACUGCAGCCCAUGGGCCAUGGAGGUGGAGUGUUGACUUGAUAUGUGGAUUGUGUCCUUCCCACUGAAGGGCUGUUCCCCUCAGAUAGCUGAGGUGACCUUUGCUGUGGUAGAGUCCCCUCUUGCCACUCAGAACUGACACUGUCCGGUCCUCCUUCUGAAAGGAGGUCUGGUCCUGACUCACUGACACAAACAGUCGGAACCACAGGCAGCUGUGGUCACUUGUCUGGUGGGGACUCGGGCAGGAAAGGAGAGCUGCUGAACUGGAAGCUCCUUUUAGAGGGGAGGAAAUAAAGGAGAGGGGUGUUGAUGCCCUGUCCCUGUGUGGAGUUUCCUCUCCUCCCCAGCUAGUGUGCCUGCUGUACCCUCAGGGAAGGGAAAAUGACCAAGCCCACCCCUUGAAUGAAGUGGUGCUCCACCCUGUGCUUAGGGCUCCAGAACACUGAUCUAAGGUCAGCAGUCCCUGUGGGCACAGGACACAGCUGUAGCUCCAGCCCAAGGGUGCAGGGAAGCUCAUUGGCUGUAUGAGUCAUGCCUUAAAAUUGUGGCACUACGGAAGACCGGGGAAGAGAAAGGCUCUGCUUCCGUGAAUGGUUAGAGAAGACUUGAAAACUAAGGACAUUUAUGAUACAACUGACUGCCAUGUACCUAAUUUUGGUUAAGAAUUGCCAUGUGUCCAAAAAGGACAGUUCCAGAGAUGGGUUAUUUGGUGACAGCUCAUGGAGCUGGAGUGAGGACCAAAGCCAGUCCACGCCCGAGAGAGGCAGAUCAGCGGUGCGGAACAACUGGUGCACAACUGGUGGGGUUUAGCCAUCCACUCACUUGGAAGGGAGUCCAGAAGUGGACAGCGUGGUGAGCUGUAGAACCUCUGAAGGGAUUUUCAGUGUAGCCAGUUUCAGUGCUGGAAAUCCUGGCUGACCUGGUACCCAUCUGGACAGCGGAGCUGGUGUGCUCUUGAGGUAGUAGAUGGUAGUCAGUCCAAAGCUGCUGCCGGGGAGAACACUACAUGCCCUCACAUCUAGAUGAGACUGCAGAAAUGACAGGGUGUUGUCUAGUGAAUACCAAGAACGUGGGUGUGAGUGGGUGGUGAGCACACCUUUAAUCCAGUACUCUGGAGGCAGAGGCAGGCAACACUCUACACAGAAAAACCUUGUCUGGAAAAGCUAAAGAGAAACUUGGUGUGAAGAAUGUGUGUGUGUGGUUGGCCAGCUGCACAAAGCCCAGGCUGUCCACCAGUUUUCUCCCAUGAACAGCGUGCGUGGAGUUAGAAAUGGCAUCCCUUAGAUGUGGGUGGGAAAUUGUCCCUCAAAAAGAAAAAUGGGCUGGAGAGAUGGCUCGGUUAAGAGCACUGACUGCUCUUCCAGAGGACCUGGGUUCAAUUCCCAGCACCCACAUGGCAGCUCACAACUGUAAAUUCAGUUCCAGGGGAUCUGACACCUUCA